AUGAAUAAUAUUGUACCUUCGAGAAAACGGGAACAUCCUGUCGAAUUAGAAAUAGAUCAGUUGGUUACAGAAAGAGCUAAAAAACGUUAUGUCUCUGAGUUUUUGUCCUCAGAGUUGACUGCCUUGUCUUUACAUGGCGGCCUUGAGAGCGAAGGCCUGUCGAAUAAUAAUAAUGUUGAACAAGAAGAAAAUGGUAAAAUGGAAUUAGACAGUGAUCAAGAAUCUCAAGUUUCGCAAGGAAGAAAAACCACAGUUUCUUUUACAAGACGAAAGCAUGUGGUCAUGGUUACAGAUCUCGACGUAGAAACAGAUUCAGAACAUAGUGAAGAAGAAAAAAGCACCGCUUUUGAGAUUCCAAGUGAGAUUCGAAAAUCAUUGAAGAAGAUACCAAAAGAAUUGUUGGUUCCGAGGACGGAAAAUCCAGUACGGGCAUUGGUUUUAUAUCAACGACCUCCUUGGUUACCUCAAGAUUCUUUUACACAUUCGCGGAUUAAAGAGAUGGUUCAUGAGCGACGAAUUAGUGAUAUAAUGGAGAACGGUAAACUUUCGCCAAUCCCUGAAGAUCCGACUUCUCCUAUUGUAGAAAUGGAAAUGGAUUUAGAUGCGAAUUUGGAAUGUGAAAUUAACAAAAAUUAUGAAGGAUAUUCGGCCGACGACGACGAAAACGUAAUGGAAUUGUGA